UGUACUGCAACUUGUUUCUCAUUUUUCUCAUCAAUGGAAGAUAUGAGAGAUUCAAUUGUACUACCACAAAUUGUGAAGAUAGUGAGAAUGGUUGUAAAGUUUCAUCCAUUAUUGAUAAUAACUAGUUUUACCUUUCAGGUAAUAUUUCUUCAACACUAUAUUGAAGGGGAGGUGAGUAAUCAAUGGAAUGUUUUGAAGGUGUAUUGCCAAUCAACAAUGAGAGCUACGCUGGAAUUGAUUACUGAGAAGACAGAAUCUAUCCAAAGCCCUCUAGAUUCAUCUCAACAACAACAUGGAAAAGGGUCAACUAAAGGCCAAGGUGAUUGGUCAAGUUGCCUUGUUCUUCACGACAUUUCUUCUACUAGAUACAGAGUUUAGUUCAAAAUAUGAUAAAAGAAGGAGAUGGAUCUGGUGAGGACGAUGAACAGCUAGAAAGAGAAAGGAAAGGAGAGAGAAAGAAAGGGUUGGGCUGGGGAAACAGACUCUUUUACGUUUCUAUAUACACCAUGAAGACUUCAUCAUGUACUGCAACUUGUUUCUCAUCUUUCUCACCAAUGGAAGAUAUGAGAGAUUCAACUGUACUACCACAAAUUGUGAAGAUAGGGAGAAUGGUUGUCAAGUUCCAUCCAUUAUUGAUAAUAACUAGUCUUACCUUCCAGGUAAUAUUUCUUCAACACUAUAUUGAAGGGGAGUUGUGUAAUCAAUGGAAUGUUUUGAAGGUGUAUUGCCAAUCAAGAAUGAGAGCUAUGUUGGAAUUGAUUACUGAGAAGAUGAAGAAUCUAUCCAAAGCCCUCCAAAUGCAUCUCGACAAUGAAGUGGAAAGGGGUCAACCAAAGGCCAAGGUGAUUGGUCAAGUCGCCUUGUUCUUCGCAACAUUUCUUCUAUUAGAUACAGAGUUUAGUUCAAAAUAUGAUAAUAGAGGAGCCAAAACACAAUUAUUAUUGCUUAUUGGAAUAGAUCUACUAAUUCGUUCAAAGCUUUGGAGUCAACUCGGAAUUCUUCGUGGAAGGUGCGUUUGUGUGGCAAAUUCAACAUCAAACUUCACCUUCUUUAUUUUAGCAAUUUUUUUUGCAAAAUUUUAUGAUAAUUCCUUGAGAACCAUAAGUGUUUUACUGUUCAUCGCAGUGUUUUUUUUAUGUCUACUAGUGGUAUUGCGACCACGAAUAGACCUUGGGUUGUUUAGUUUCAUUAUUGGAGUCAUUGGAUCCAUUACUUAUAACUGCUUUGAGUUCAAGUUUACCACAUGGAUAAUUGCCUCCAUCUGUUUUGUGUUGUUUAGUUUCAAGAGCUGGUUAGAUAAGUACUGGUUGAAUUUGAGAGAAGAUAAAUUACUAACCUUUACAAAUACCACAACUGGAAGCACCAACAUGUUUUUGAUUCUAUCAUUAGCUACUGUACAUAUUGCAGGAGUCAUCUUUGCAUCUUUUGUUGUCAAAUCUCCACUAUCCAACUAUAAAGUCUGGUUUGUUAGGGUAAUCGCUGGUAUGAUUUGGAAUGCUCGGCUCUAUAAGUUCUAUCCUAAAGAUACCUCACUACCCUUUACAAAUACCAAAGGAAUCAGUGGUUUGAUUUUGACCAUUGUCAAUGUUGCUCGAGGCAUGUUUGUGUUUUCUCUUAUGACAUUUCCUGUUUGGGAUUAUAAAGACUGGUUAUUUGCAGCAAUCAGUUAUGUAGUUUUUUGUUUUUGGUUAAGAAACUUUUGCCCUGAAGAUCUAUUACCACCUUCUACAAAUGCUAAAGGAAUCAGUGGUGUGAUUUUGUUUUUGAAAUCUAUUGCCACCUAUAGUAUUGUGGUGUUGGCUGGUUUGGAACCCCACCUAUACUACAAAGAGUGGCUGGUUGUGGUAACCUGUUAUGUGCUUUGGUGGGUUCGAUUACGUACGUCAUUUCCCAAAUAUUUGUUACCAUCCAUUACUGUUGAAUUUAAAGCUCUACAAUGGUGGAGUGUGGUGGUAAAUUACAUGAUUUUGGAGGUCACAUCUUGGAUGAUCCAACUAUCUAAACCAAGGCAUUAACAAACAAGGAUACAUUGAAACUCUUAAUGUGGUUUUGAUUCUGAUGAGGAUUCUGCAAUAGUUUCUGAAAUAGAGGAUUCUAGAGCAGAUUUUUUAUGAAACAGAUUUUAAUUUUGAAGUAGUUUGUUUUGUUGUUUUGACUUUCUAUUUAGAUAAAGAUAAGGAUUAGCU